AUAAUUUUGCAAAGAUAUUACUUUAACAUCAGUACUGAAGAGUUUAAUUCGACGUAUCGGAAUAAAAUUGUAGUUGUUUUGAUUCGUAUUAGGUUCAACUAUUCCAAAGAUCAAAAAUGGCAAAUGCUGAGAUCGAGUCUCGUUCAAGUCGUUGGCGAAAGGCUAUGCUAGGCCCACUACCCAAUGAUUUUCUACGGAUUAAUAGCGGCGUUGAUGCCCAAGUAGCUGCAGAUUGUCAGGCAGCGGCCGCAGUAUAUCAACAACAAAUAUACCCACAAUACGUAGCACCAAAUUAUGUCGGUCGUUUAAGCAUAACUUGUGCACAGGCAAAAUUGGCACGCAACUACGGGCUUACCCGCAUGGACCCUUAUGUGCGUAUACGUGUCGGCCAUUACGUAUACGAAACGCAAACAGAUCCAAACGGAGGCAAGCAUCCACACUGGAAUCGAGUAAUUCAAAGUCAAUUGGCGGCGGGGGUUAAUACAAUAUUCAUUGAAAUAUACGAUGAGUGUAGUUUUAAAAUGGACGAAUUGAUUGCAUGGUGUGAAAUUAAAAUUCCACAGAGUGUAAUGCGUGGCGAAACGCAUGAAGAAUGGUAUCCACUAAGUGGCAAACAAGGUGAGGGCCUUGAAGGUGCCAUUGACAUAGUUUUGAGCUUUUCCAAUCGGCCGAUGCAGCCAUACAUGUACCCAAGUAUGGGUGGAGCUGCACAAAUGCUGAUGGUGCCGCCGGGUAGGCCAAUGCCAAUUUUUGUAACACCGCAGCAACCAGCUGUUGCCAAUACGGUGGUUGCGCCAGCACCGCGACAAUUGUCCGAAGAGGAAUUUAAACAGAUACACGAAAUGUUUCCAAAUAUUGAUAAAGAAGUUGUUAAGUCUGUAUUUGAAGCGAACCAUGGCAACAAGGAUGCUACAAUAAAUUCCUUACUGCAGAUGAACGAAUAAAAGAGGGUUCGAGCCGCCAUGCUCUUCUAUUCAUACCAUAAAAUAUAUCUAUAAAUUAAUAUACAUAACCCGCUACAUAUAUUAUUAACAAUACUAAUCCAAGCGUAUAUGAAUAAAAAUCUAGAUUUUUUAAUGGC